AAAGGCUGGCACGGCUGGCAGUCAUUUUUUGUGAAUCUAAUCGAGGUGAUAAAUUUUGCUUUCACAAAACUGAUAAGUGAGUUCUCUAUAUACUGUGGAUAAGUGUUUUUACAUUUCGGACUAUUGCUUUCCAUAGUUUUAUAGCCAAUUGUGCUUUCCGUUUUUGCCAUUUUACCUUUGUGUGCCAUUUUUGCCUUUUUUAAUCAAGAUUCUUAUGUAUUCUUCAAGAUAUUUGACAGUCAUCUGACAGUGUUAUUUGAUUGUAUCAGUGAAUAUAUUGACAAUUUGUUGCAGAAAUUUGCAAACCAUGGAUUUAUCACUUGUCAGCAACUCAAACUGUCUUGUUUUAGUAGUUAUGCUGCUGAACUUAAACCUUUUUUGUGAGUCUUAUGUCUGCUGACGUAAAAUCCAGAUUUUUAAAUACAAACAUUUACCAUUAAUGAAUGAUAACUGCGUAACACCCAUAUGUCAAUGUCCACCCUUCACUGGAUAAAUUUGAUAUUGUUUUGAUGCCACUGUUUUUGCAAUGUGAUAUAAACAAUAAAGUGAGCUUGAAAUUAUAAUUUGUGAUCAAAGAUAGAUGGGUUGGACUUGGAUGUAGGUAUAUUUAGUACAAUUCAAUUUGUGUUUUCAUCUGUAUUUUGGUUGUUCGGUGUUUUAGAAACUUACUGAACGUGUUAGACCCAAUUGCAUAUUUUUAAUAAAUGGCAGAGCAUGUGAAAAAACAUUUUAGUCAUAUAAGAGCAUGUUUCAAAUUUCAAUAGUGGGUCUUAUAGGCAGCAUAGUGAUAGCUUCAUUUUGUUCUGUUCAGUUUUAAGCUGUUGUAUUCAAUUUUUGGCAUUUAUUCAAACAAAUAAAAAUUAAACUACGUGAAAUGAAAAUUAAACGAGAAGAAAAUUUGACUCAAGGACAGUUUUAAGCGUACAAACAGUUGAAAAUAGGUAGUUUAACCACUUAAAAACAGCGUGCUCACAUUGUGUCAGCAGAAAGACAAUGGACAAAGAUCUGGCAGAUUUGUCAUUCUUACAUUCUCCCAAUCUGCAUCUGGUUGAGGAUAUGGAUGUUUUACAAGCCAUGCAGAUGGCUUUGGAGCCGGAAAAUGCCAAUACCCAGCCAUCGGCACCGGGAGCUGCUAUGGGACGACCAGCGGAGUCCACCGCUGGGCAGCCCACGGCUUCGGCCUCCGGCCCGGCCCCACCGACUGAAAAGGGGGCGCCACCAUCUGCGGCGGAAUCGGCGCAGGGGGAGCCACCGUCGGCGCUGCCGGGGCAGCUGUUAGCGCCGCGGUCCGCCACUGCGGGGCCCAGCGCAGUCAGAAGGCCGACCGGACCGCGCGCAGGGGCGCGGACCGUCGUCCGGGCCCGCGGGGCGGUGCGCCAGGCGGCUGCGGUGCGUCCAGUGCGCGCCCAGGCGCCGGUGACCAUCUCUACCUCCCUGCCGGUGAUCACUAUCGGUGGCAGAGCGCGGCGGGAGGUAGCUCCCGGGACGGCCACGCCGGCUCCCCGGGGAAAGUCACCCUCCCAGGUUGUCAUCGUCAAACCGAAGGCAACGGUUAACCAAACUGUUACGCCAAGCGCGCUGAAUAACAACAAGAGAGUCAUAGUGGUUGGGCCAAAGACUGCGGCGCCCCGGACCCGCUGUCCGCCCGUGUACACCACCCGGUCUGUAGUGCCGGCCGUCAACAUCCAGCCGCGGCCGGCGGCGGUCACCCCGGCGGCCGCUCCGUCCACCUCGACCGCCCCGUCUGUGGUUCAGAAGGUGACGCUGGCCGGCGUGCGCGCCCAGGUGGUGAUGGUGGGCGGCAAGGAGCGGAUCGUGCUCUACCGCCGGCAGCCCGGGGAGCGCGCCGACGCGCCGGGCGUGGGCGUGCUGCCGGUGGUGCCGGCCGGACCCCGUGCCGCCGUGUCGGCGCUCCCCAGCGGCACUCAGACCACCACCGCCGGCGGGCCGUCGCGGACCUCUGUGACAGCCGCCUCGACAGCGGGAAAGACAGUCAGUGGGCCGCCGCGGGCCGCUGUGGGCGCCGCUCCUACCGCUGGGUCGGCCGUCAGUGCCGCCGCUGAGCCGGCCAGCAAACGCGGCCGGACCGCUGAGGCCCCUGCAGUGACUUCCGCCAUGAAAAUGGGCGAUAAGCUAGCCGACAAGGGAACACACAAGACUGUAGGCGAGGCUGUGUUGUCGAGUAAGCCAGCUAAACAAGUCAAAGUGAAAGCUGCCGUAAAAUUAGGCGUCGGCGCUGUGGCGAUGAUUGUGCCAAGCUCGGCACCGAAGCCCACCGUUCCACCGGUCGUAGUACCCAUCUCGGGCCUUACCGCUGAACCGGUCACCCAGGCUGUAGUCAGUCACACCGGCACUCCAAAUCCUGAGUCGAACACUGGGACAGAGAAAGCUCCCUCCGGUGUCAUCAACGUUCGCAUUGCCAACGGCUGUGUAACGGCGACCACUUCCGGCGUGUCACCCGUGUCUGUGGCGCCGGUGACGAAUCGGGCAGCGGACGCACGCGUGUUCCAUGGUCGUCUGGAGAGGACCGCCGGUCCCGCCAGCAUGCCACUGCACUCACUGCGGCCUCCGGCGCCACCGCCGGCCGACCGGCCGCUGGUGGUUGAUGAUGGGGAGGUGCAGGUAUGUGAGGAGCCCGCCACGGUGCCGUCCUCCGAGGCUGACGGGCCGGCGGUGAGCGGCAGGCCGAGCCGGGUUAGUGUCGACGAGGAGCUGCAGAAGGCGGUGAGCGAGAUAUUUGACUGUGUGGACAGCGCAGCCCAGUCGCCGCAGACGGCUGAUAUGCUGAUCGACGGGCUGCUGGAGCAGGUACAGGGAGAUGGGAGUGGGUCCUCGGCCGCUGGCGGUACGCAGACGCGGCAGGCGCCGGCCGAGCCCAGCUCUCAGGACUCCCAGCCACCCCCGCCCAAACCGAGUGACCCUCCGUCGACGGAGCCUAGUUCUCAGGACUCACAACCGCCCCCGCCCCAGCCGAGCGACCCUCCGGCGGUGUGUUCGAGCUCCCAGGACUCGCAGCCGCCCCCGGCCCAGCCGAGUGACCCUCCAGCUGGCGCUCCAAGCUCCCAGGACUCACAGCCGUCCCAGCCGUUGCCUGCUGACCCUCCGGCCGCCGGUCCGAGCUCUGGCAGCACGGAAAGCACUGCGCCGCGGCCCGGCGGGCGCCAGCGCCGACGCAAGGACGUGCUUCUGCCGCUGGUGCGCGAUACCGAGCAUCUGGAGCUGCCUCCGCCGCCGCCGGAGUCGCCCCCGAGGCAGCCUCCGGGGCCGCCGCCGGAGCCGUCUCCGCCCCGGCUGAUAGCGGUGCCGCCGCGCCGCCCGCUGUCUCCGACACCCAGUCCCGAGCGGCGGCCCAUAUCGGACCCCAGGGAGCUGCAGUCGCUGUUGGAGGAGAUCUGCAGUAUAGACGAACUCGCCUGGAACUGGUCCGGAUUCGCCAAUAUCACCAAAAAGAGAAAACGCGAGGAGCCUGACACAAAGGAAACGCAUCUGUUUCUGAACGAGUUCGGCCUGGUGGAGGUGCUGGACCGGUCAGCGCGCACGGCGUUCUCGGGCUCCGGCCGUACGGCGUGUCCGCGCGGUGGCACUGGCCGCCAGCCGGACACCAUCUGCUGGUGCUCGGUGUGCGGCUCGUACGGCUGUCUGGCCGACUUCACCUCCGGCGGAGAGUUCUGCAGCAGGGUUUGCCGCGACGUCAGCACUGGACGAGAGGCUCUCGAUAAGAAGAGAAGGGGAAUAGAUGUCAAAAUGCAGAAAACACCCAGUCAGAAAGAGAACGUAGCUGCAAUAAAGAGUAAAAGAAGGAAAAUGGACAGCCAGCCCCUGGUGUACCCCGGUACCGGCUCGUUCUCGUGGUCGGUCUACCUGGACGCGCUGGGACGCACACUGCCGACCGCCGUGGCGGCUCCGGAUCCCAAGGACGGCCCGCCGCCGGCCCGGCUGCCGUUCAAUGUCGGCGAGCGUCUGGAGGCGGUGGACCCGCGAGACCCGUCCCUCACCUGCGUCUGUACUGUGGCAGAGGUGUCAGGUUCGCGGCUGAGGCUGCACUUUGACGGCUACAGCGUGCGUUUCGACUUCUGGGUGGAGAGCAGCUCGCGCGACAUUUUCCCCUGCGGCUGGACGGAGCGGCACCGGACCAACGAGACGGACCUGCAGGCGCCGCCGGGCCGCCGGCACGCGCCGUUCCGCUGGGCCGACUACCUGCGCGAGCUGCGCGCCCGCGCCGCCCCGGACGCCGCAUUUACCUGUGUCAUCGAAGACGAGAAGCCGAUCCAGCGGGUGGAGAUGGAGGUGCGCGCCGGCCAGCGGCUGGAGGCGGCAGACCCGGCGCACCCGCGCCACAUGCGGCCGGCGCGCGUGGCCCAGGUGCGCGGCGACCGGGUGCUGGUAGCCUUCGACGGCGCCGGCGGCUCGCCAGGCUACUGGGCCGAGCUGAGCUCGCCCCGACUGCGGCCCGUCACCUGGGCUGAGGAGAACGGCGUGCCGGUGCUGCCGCCCAGCGACUGGACGGAGGCGGACGGCCCGUUCCGGUGGCAGACUCACCUGGUUCGUACCCGGUCCCUACCGGUGCCAGCCCGGAUGCUACGCACACGGAACAUCCCUACUCUACACCCGGGCAUGCGAGUCGAGGCCGUCGAUGUCAGGGUUCCGGCUCUGGUGCGCGUCAUGCACGUGGUGGAGGUGAGCCGGCACGGCCUGGUGCGGCUGCGGCCCGACGGCUGGCGCGGCGCGCCCGACCAGUGGGUGGCCGCCGACGGGCCCGGCCUGUACGCGCCCGGCUGGUGCCGCCGCACCGGCCACCCGCUCACGCCGCCGGUGACGCGGCCCCAGGCCGGCCGCUGCGGCACGCCGGGCUGUGCCGGCCUGGGGAACGCCGGCGGGCCGCGCUACCGGCGUCAUAUCGUCACCGAGCAGUGUCCGUACCGGGGGCAGCGGGAGGUGACACCGGACCGGCGCGCCUCGGCCCUGCCGGAGGAGAAGGAGCUCGACAGCGUGGAGCUACCGUCGCCGCCGGUACCCGCCACUGACCCUCCGAGCUCGACCGACCCUCCGCCGCCUCCGGCCAGGAAGGUGGUGACCCUCUCCCGGGACAUCAGCAGCAUCGCCAGCGAGGUCACCGACUCCGUCUUCGACAAGGACGCGCCCGCACCCGAACGGCGCGGAGUCUGGCCGACCUGUAAGAAGCUGAACACUGUCGACCGGUUUCUAGCCAUGCACAGCGCCAUCCACGUGUGGGACGCAGAGACCGUGCAUCGGUUCCUGGGCCACUUCGGCCCGACCGGAGACGCCGGGUCGUCGCUCGACAUCAUCAAAGACGAGGAGAUUGACGGCGAGGCGCUGCUGCUGCUGACGCGGGACGACCUCUGUUCAAUACUGAAGGUGAGACUAGGAACGGCCACCAAGAUCCACAACUGUAUCGUCCGAAUGCGCAAACGCUAUAACUACCGCGGCCGGUCGGCGAACGAAACCGCCACCUGCCGGAAAGCGAAAGCGUAACGCAGUAUCAUGGAUCUAAUAGGACGGUGUUUUCAUAGUCAUAAAGGACAGUGAGGUUGUCACCUGAGCGGUCAGUCCUCUCCGGUCUACACUGCCGUAGCGAUGUCCAGCAUGUCUGCGGCGGCAGUAAAAUGUCGCCUUAGCCGCGUAUCUUGCCCAUCGUCAUAUCGGUGCAGUCCCUACCGGGUUUGAGGUACCACGUACGUCGUACACUGCAACUGAUAAUGGCCAUUUGAUCAAUCAGAGUUCCAUUCGCUCAGAGUCACGUGCUGUGGUUCCAUAAGGCGCAUUUUAGUUUGGCGCUGGAGGAAGGAGGAAGGUCAGUGGGGUCGCCCAACAUUGUUUCGAUGAUACUGUGCCGCCCAGUACGGGCGGCGUGCGCUGUGAGAAAGAUCUCUAAGUACGUACGACCGGCGUGUGCGCGUGUGACACCCCACCAUACACACAGGCCGGCCAGGUGUUGUUUUUUAUGGAGGUCGUCAGGGUUCGGCGAUAACGUAUUGUUUUGGAGACGAGUCUGUCGCGCAAUGCAAGUGUUUGUAUGCCCAGAAUACACAUGUGUAACUA